AUAGUGCACAACAAAGAAAUGUGGUUGACGUUGCAAAGCUAAUUAUCACAAGAUGUCUUAUCCUCCUCCAUCCAUUUCCCCUUCCCUCAACUACUUCACACUUAAACACCCUAAUUUAGAAAAAAAAGAUACAAACCCGAUAACACUCUUUAUGCUCAAUGUUCAAUCUGCAUAGCACUCUACUUACAUGAGGUUGCAGUUGGUGGUCAUCUGGUUAAAUAAUGGCUCUCGCCCCUCAUUCAAACUUUCUGGCCAACCAUGAAACCAUCAGAUGUCAUAUUGGGUCAAAGCUUCACAGUCAUAAAAGAUUUAAUUACUUUGGUAGUAUAGUCAUAGCGAAAUUUUCUUCCAGUAGACAGAUACCUACAUACUUGCAGAAAUCUCCUAGAAUACGCUGUGGUUUGGAUUCUAGAGGUCUGGAACUAUGGAAACAGAAGCUCCCUUCCGCACAUAGCAUUAACCAGAAUGUCCCUAAGGGAAAUACAAUAUGCAAAUUUCCAGAAGAUGUAGCUUUGAUAGUUCGGAAGAAAUGGGGCCAAUUGGCCAAAACAGCAAUUGUAGCUAUAUUCAUUUUGUCAGUUACUUCAAAGGCUGAUGCCGUUGAUGCUCUCAAAACUUGUACAUGCUUACUGAAAGAGUGCAGGUUAGAGCUUGCCAAGUGCAUUGCGAACCCUGCAUGUGCAGCUAAUGUUGCCUGUCUCCAGACUUGCAACAAUAGACCUGAUGAAACAGAAUGUCAGAUAAAAUGUGGUGAUUUGUUUGAAAAUAGUGUUGUAGACGAGUUCAAUGAAUGUGCAGUCUCCCGAAAGAAAUGCGUACCUCGUAAAUCUGAUGUGGGUGAAUUUCCUGUACCUGAUCCUAGUGUUCUUGUCCAAAAGUUUAACAUGAACGAUUUUAGUGGAAAAUGGUACAUCACUCGCGGUUUAAAUCCCACAUUUGAUGCUUUUGACUGUCAAUUGCAUGAGUUCCAUACAGAAGAUAACAAACUUGUGGGAAAUCUGGCUUGGAGAAUACGGACACCUGAUGGAGGAUUUUUCACCCGAUCAGCAGUGCAAAAAUUCGUGCAAGAUCCAAAGUAUCCAGGGAUACUCUAUAAUCAUGAUAAUGAGUAUCUUCACUACCAAGAUGACUGGUAUAUUUUGUCAUCCAAAGUAGAGAAUAGUCCAGAUGACUACAUAUUUGUGUACUAUAAGGGCAGAAAUGAUGCAUGGGAUGGAUAUGGCGGUUCAGUACUUUAUACAAGAAGCGCAGUUUUGCCUGAAAGCAUUAUACCUGAGUUGCAAACCGCAGCUCAAAAAGUUGGUCGUGAUUUCAACACAUGGAUAAAAACAGACAAUACUUGUGGCCCUGAACCUCCGCUUGUUGAGAGGUUGGAGAAGAAAGUGGAAGAAGGAGAGAGGACAAUCAUAAAAGAAGUCGAGGAGAUAGAAGAAGAAGUUGAGAAGGUGAGAGAUAAAGAAGUCAGCUUAUUCAGUAGACUGUCUGAAGGUUUCAAAGAGCUGCAACAAGAUGAAGAAAACUUAAUACGUGAGCUGAGCAAAGAAGAAAUGGAGAUUUUGGAUGGACUUAAAAUGGAAGCAACUGAGGUAGAAAAACUCUUCGGGAACGCAUUACCAAUAAGGAAAUUAAGGUAGAUACUGUUGAAAGAGUAUUAUUCAAGCCAUAGAAACUAUCCACAUACAGAAUGUAUAGCUUGGAUUUGAUUCUUUUUUGCCUGGAAUAAAUUGAUCAUAUAUCACGUAUUGCCUUCUCUCUUAGAGGCAUAAUAAUAUAUAUUUCUUCUCCUUUAAAA